AUGGCUUCGAAAGACGGCCAAGAUAGUACGCCCAGGCGUCACAGUCUCAGCGAUGAGUCUGACUCCAACUCAGCUGCUGAUGAGAAGAGACUUGUUGCGAAGCUGGACUUCUACAUCAUUCCUCUGGUAAUGGUACUUUACCUCUUCAGUUUCCUAGACAGAGUCAACAUUGGUAAUGCCCGACUUUACGGACUCGAAGAGGAUCUGAACCUCUCAUCGAACCAGUUCCAAGUUGCUGUGUCCAUUCUGUUCGUCACAUACUUGCUCUUCGAGGUUCCAUCCAACCUUGUCCUUAAGCUCUUCACGCCUCGUCGAUGGAUCGCGUUCAUUGCUGCUGCAUGGGGAAUCAUCGCCACCCUCACCGGCCUUGUCAACUCAUACGGUGCUUUAAUCGCUUGUCGGUUGCUUCUUGGUGCUGUUGAAGCAGGCCUGUUUCCUGGCUUGACGGUCUAUCUCACUUUCUUCUACACCAAGAGAGAACUCGCCCUUCGCGUGGGUUAUCUGUUCGUUAGCGCUGCAGUCGCUGGAGCUCUGGGUGGUUUGUUGGCAUAUGGCAUUGGACAUAUGGAUGGCCUCCAUGGUAUGAGCGGUUGGCGAUGGAUCAUGAUCAUUGAAGGAAUCCCGAGCUUCUUGCUUGGCGUUGUCACAUACUUUGCUCUGCCAAACGAUGCAGAGACAGCAUACUUCCUCGACGAGAAUGAAAGGGCGCUUAUGCGUUCGAGACACGCCCGUGAGUACGGGAACACGGCUUCCAGUCGUGAGUUUAGCAAGAAGGACAUGAUGUGCGCCUUUAAGGACUGGAAGGUUUGGGCGUUUUGUGUUGCGCAGUUUGGCGUCGAUACUAUGUUGUAUGGGUUUUCAACCUUCCUCCCGACCAUUAUUAGGGAUCUCGGUGACUGGACGGUUGCAGAGACACAACUCCUAACCGUGCCAUGCUACUUUCUCGGUGCAGCGACGUAUAUGUCGACCGCAUUUCUCUCAGAUAAGCUUCAACAGCGUGGAAUUUUCUGCGUGAUCUUUGGAGUCAUCAGCGUUGUUGGAUAUGCAGUCCUGCUGGCUGAUGUGUCUUCUGGUGUUCACUACUUUGGCUGCUUCCUGGUAGCUGGAGGCUUGUACGUUGUUGUGGGCUUGCCACUGGCUUGGUUGCCCACAAACUCGCCGCGUUACGGAAAGCGUACUACUGGUACGGGAAUGCAGUUGACUUGGGGUAAUGCGGCAGGCAUCAUGUCUGCGUUCAUCUAUCCUGCCUCAGACAAGCCUCGAUAUAUCCGCGGACAUGCUGUAACGCUCAGCAUGGUUGCUCUCGGCACUGUCAUCUAUGGAUUCAUGUGGUGGUGGUACCGACGAGAGAAUGAGCGACGACAGGCAGGUCUCAUGGACGACAAGUUCCGAGGAAUGGGAGAGGAUGAGUUGGCUGAGCUUGGAGAUGAGAGUCCACGUUAUAGAUAUACCAUUUAG